CUGCAGCUGAGGGGAUUCCUCGGACAUGUGAUCAGGUUUACGUCAGAGCCAAGAAGAUUUUUGAUGAAAGGAAUAACAUGGGAAGGUUUUCUGAGGAUGAGCUAUGCUCUCUCACAAAGUUGCAGAAGCUCCACGGCAACGACUGGAAGAGAAUCUCAGAGAAGAUGGACCGCAGCAUCUACUCGCUGGAGAAACGCUUCAACACCAUCGCUCAGGGUCGCGGUACCUGGACUGCAGAGGAAGAGUUGCGCCUUUGGCAGGCUGUCAGGGCUCACUUGGAGAUGCUGGUCCAGCAGAGCCCUGCAGGUCUGAGCCGAAACCAGCUGUGCAACAACCUGCCCUGGAAGAGGAUCAGCGAGCAGGUGGAGACCCGGUCCUGGAUCCAGUGUCGUCUCAAGUGGUUCUACCUGCUGAAGUCUAAGCUGUCCUCAAAGGGAGUGUUCAACCGAGGUGCUGAGGGGUACGCCGCAAAAAUCCACCUCAUCAACACGCUCUAUAACAUGCAUGUGGACGACGCAGCGGACAUCGACUGGGACGAGGUGGCUGGACUCAUCGGGACUGUGACGCCGAUGUGUGUGCAGAAGAUGUUUUACAGGUUGAAGGUUUCCAGAGUUCCAAACUGGACGAGUUUGUCGUACGCAGAGAUCAUCGACUUCCUACAGAGCAGAGCCGUCCCUGUCCUGGAGGAGAGACUGAAGAAGUGUGAGCCCCAGGAGGCGCAGGAAGAGGAGGAGAAGGAGAGACUUUAUCAGCUCUCUGACAUCUUCUCAGAGCUCAGUGACGACGUGGAGCUGGACAACAGCUGACCUGCAGCCAAUCAACAUGUGGUGUCCCCGUGGACAGACUUUAUAAAAACACUUUGAAAUCGGGACAGGGAGUGGGUUAAAAAAAAGACUUUUAU